CCUCCUUUGCUGUGUUGUGUUUUAAAAGUCAGCUUUUUAGGCUUCAUGGAGAGCAAGCUAGCUAACCAGCUAAACACUAGCUGGCUACCCAUAGCAUUUGGCAAAAGGUGGGUGCCAUAGCAACCGUUUAGGAAACAUUGACUGUGGUGGCUAGCUAGCUAAGAUACUUCAGGCUAACGUUGGUUUGUUGUGCUAGCGAUAAACAAGACGUCGUAGAGACUUCAAUGUCCAAUUUAGCGUCAGUCAGCCAGUUAAUGUCACAAGUCAGCAUUAUCGACUAAGCGCCAUUAUUUUUAGUAAGCUGUGGAGGAUGGCAGACUGUUGUAACCCUAGACAUAUGUUGAGUUUAGCUAACUUGGCUUACGGUGAUUUCCAUCUCAUGCAGUAAGCUAACGUUAGCCACCAAGGCCGACCCGUAAACUUAGGCUACCUGAACCGUUAUGUAAACGUCAAAGUAAACGCUCUCUCUUUCUCGGUUACAAUCUGGAUGUCAGAAUGAUGUGUCUCAGAGGAGUCUAACGUCAGUUUAACAUUAAGUUACUUUAUUAAUGUUGUCAUCAACCUUAGCUAAUUGUAUCUGAGUUAAUCAGCUGAUCUGUGGCUGCUAAGGUUAGUGUUUGAGCUAACUUAGAUGCUUGUUAACUAUUUUCUGGAAUGAUUAAUUAACCUACACCAGCUAAUCUUAAUCACAUGUGUGUUGUUAGCUUUAUGAGCUAAUAUUACAGUUAAAUAUCUGUGCAGUUCAGAAUGUGUGGCUUUAGUUAGCUAUCGUUACAUUGCACCGACAAGUUGACUGUAGUUAGCUUAAAUUCACGCUAGCCUUCAGUGUUAUAUUUUUUGGUCAUUAAAAGUGUGCGAUAUAACAUUUUCAUAUUCUUAUCUCGAACCUCUCCGAAUUAGGUCUUAGGCGAUAACAUAUGGAAUUGACUUGACGUGCAUCAAGGGUUUUAUGUGAUGUCAAAUUGGACCUACUGAACUACUGUAUGUUAUGUUUUGUUAUGUUUGAAUGAAAAGAGGCCUGAGUGAAUGUGUUUAAGAGAUAAUUCCGUUUCCAACACAACUGUCAUUUUAGCAAUCAGCCUGAACUAGUAUGGAUGUUGAUGACUGCAAUGGCCGGUCUUGCAUAUCAGCUAGUGGAGACUCCUCAAUGGAAAGAGAGUUUUCUGGGGCCCUUGGAGGUCCAACAGUGAGCACCCCUAACAGCUCCCCUAGCCGCUCCCUCAGUGGUCACCAACUCCAUUAAAGUAGAGCUGUACAGUGAUGAAGACCCAGGUCGCAGUACUGAAGAUGAAAGAGGGGAGCGGGUAGACGAAGGAGGUCUAGAGCAGGGAUCUGAAGCUGUCAGAGGCCACAGGGAGCUCACAAAUCCUGAAACCAUGCAAGCUGGAGCCACCAGACUGCCUAAUGGAAAGCUCAAGUGUGACAUCUGUGGAAUGAUCUGCAUUGGACCUAAUGUUCUCAUGGUGCACAAACGCAGCCAUACAGGUGAGCGACCAUUCCAGUGUAAUCAGUGUGGCGCCUCCUUUACUCAAAAGGGUAACCUGCUCCGCCACAUCAAGCUGCACUCAGGAGAGAAGCCCUUUAAAUGUCCGUUCUGCAGUUAUGCCUGUCGAAGACGAGAUGCGCUCACUGGCCACCUUCGCACUCAUGCAGUCUCCUCUCCAACUGUAGGAAAGCCGUAUAAGUGCAGUUAUUGUGGCCGUAGUUACAAGCAGCAGAGCACCUUGGAGGAGCACCGUGAGCGCUGCCACAGCUACUUACAGAGUCUGGAGUCACAGCAGCCAUCCAGUGCACAGAAUCCAGGAGAGGAGAUGAGAGAGCUUGAGUUUAUACCAGACUCUCUACUGCAACCCUCCUCAGACAAGAUGGCAUUUAUUGAUCGGCUCACCAACAGCAUCACCAAACGCAAGAGAUCCACACCACAAAAAUUUGUAGGACAGAAGAACAUACGCCUUAACCUUGCAGAUGCACCUUAUGAGUUCACCGCUGGUUUGGAUAAAGAUGGAGAGAUGAACGCAGGGGACCUUGAAACCCCGCACUUUACUGGUUCGGGAGGAGAAUAUGCAGGUGUAGCAGGUAAUGGAGGAGGAGGGGUGUCUGACACACUGAGGCCUCUACACCUUCCCACCACUCACCCUUCAUGUUUAUCAGAACUCAGGCCGAUCCUUAGCUCCAUUCACACCUCUGUUGCUCUAGGCCCGAGGCUUGAUUGUACAGGGACUGGAGCUGGGCUAGGUGCUGUGGCUGUAGGGGGGAGGGAGGCAGCAGAGGGCCAUGAAGACCUGCCUGCUGGUUGUAGUCACGCACCCUCACCUAACAAUGGUUGCCAGGACUCAACAGACACAGAGAGCAUGCCAGAUGACCCUUGCAACAUUACCGCUCCGACUCCAACCCUGCACAGUAAAAACGGCCACCAUCUUCAACACUCCAACAACCACCACCCAGCGCCUCAUCCUGUUGCACCCCACAGGAGUCGGGACAGACGUAGUCCCAGCCACGCCAAAGACAAGGAGGUGGAAAGAGAGGAUGGAAGCCACUCAGCCCUUCCACCUCCUGCCCUCGCGCCAACUCCAAGCUCACCCACAGCUCCCUCCUCCACCUCCAGGGAGGCGUUUCGGGUUGUAGACGGGGAAGGGCGAGCUGUGCGCUCUUUCCGUUGCGAGCACUGCCGUGUGCUUUUCCUGGACCAUGUCAUGUUUACCAUCCAUAUGGGCUGCCACGGUUUUCGCCAGCCUUUUGAGUGUAACAUCUGUGGCCACCGCAGUCAGGACCGCUAUGAAUUUUCUUCACACAUCGUCCGCGGGGAGCACAUGCUUGACUGAGGAUAAAGGGUGGUCAACCUGCUUCACCUAGAGCUAUUUUUACACUGAGACAAGGACCUGGCUGGGUUUGGUCUGCACACAAGCUAUAUAUAUAUAUAUAUAUAUAUAUAUAUAUAGCUCAAAUAGGCACCGGUACAUUUAGCAUGUACCAGCAUUAAUGGCAAACUUGUGUUUUCUAAAAUUAGUAUAGUGAUCCUUAUUUUUAAUGCACUUUGAACAAGUAAUCAAUUUUACAAUGCACUUUUAAUUCUAUGUAUUCUAAAUUUGAUUAAGAGCCAAUGCACUUUUUCAUCCGCAGAUGUGCCUUGCUCCAAAAUUCAGGAUUCAAAUCUGAUGCACAAAUUACAGUAGACAAAUCAGACUUUUGUGCUCAACCUGAAAACUGUCCCCUAUUGUGCACUUUAACAGAGAUAAUAUAGUUGUUUUUUUUCAACUUGGGGUUGAUUCUGUAAUAAUUACAUUAUUAUAAGAUGUGCAGACCAAACUCAAAAACCAGGUCCAAGUCAAAUAGAUGUUUGAGGGGUUGUCCUUGAAUUAGAAAUGCACUUUUGUUUUUAACGUGUGUGUGUGUACGUGAGAGAGUGUGUGAACGUAACAGAACCUGUGUUUUAUGGAAUUGAAUACGUAAAGUGGAAAAUGAAGGCCUGUGUGAAUACCGUGUGGCACGGUGUAUAAAAUGUUUUUUUUUUUUUCUUUUCUAUGACUGCUUUUGUUGCACUGAUACCUGCCAGAAUACUAUAAUAUAUUAAACUAUUUUAUGGAAUACAGUAAUGACCUGCACAUUUCUCUCAAUGUGAAAAACUGAUGAAAUGUUUCUCUCACAAGGAAAGGAGAACAAGUAUCACUGCCACAAUUUUAGAGAUUCUGAAGAGGUUAGGUCUUAAUAAGUUAUUAAUAUUUCCCCUUUCAUAGCUACAUCUGCAAAACCAACACUAAUUUAUUUAUAUUUGAAAAUUAUUUGGGUGUUAUCUCAUUGUAUUGUGCCUUUCUCACCCUGAUCACACCUUGUUGACCAGACUGAAGGACAUGAGCUACCAACUGUCAUAUCUUGAAUCAGAUCAUUGUGGAUGAUGUUAGAGAUCAUGAGUUCCAAAAUAAUUUACUUAAUCAAAUUGUUUUCCAGACACAAGUCUCUGGCUUAUAGCUUUGCACAAUAUUUGUAUUCUCAUAUUCAUCAAAAGCUGGGUUGAGUUUUAUCAAUGUGUUGGCAAAUAACCAAUUAUGCUAAUUUAUCAAAGACUAAGGGGGCAUGUGGCAUUUUGCACAUGCUGCUGUGUCACGAAUGAGUGCAGUGUGGAGUGGCAGCUUACUACUGUUCUCAUAGGUCCAAUCCCGAAAAAGAUGUUGUGGGUUCUGUCGGUUGUGAUGAUAUAUCCUGUCUUGGUAAUAUGGUGCAGAAAUGUAUGAUAAGAGCAGUGUGUUAGAACAACACUGUCAGCUCUUGAUUCUGUCUUCAUCUGUGACAUAGAACAAUUGAUAGUUGUUGUAGAAACAUGUUUAUAUUUGACUUUACACUAUGUAAGCACAAUAAGUUGUACUGUUAAGCAGGCUAACUUGUUCAGUCUACAUUACGGAUCGGGGCAAAAAAUCAAUACUUAAUGUGUUGAUUAACAGGACAUUUGGUUAAACCAAAGAACUACUUCCUACUGUUGCUCAGUCAGUAAAACCUUGUACAGGUUUGCUUUUUCCUGGAGUUAUCUCCACUUAAUUUUGCAUAAGAUAUUUAAAAGUCAUUUGGGGGUAUCCCUUCCAAAAUAAAUAUUGUAAAAGAAUUGUUACAAUUUUUUAAUUGGAGCUGCAUUUGUUCUGAUGGGUUAGAAAGGUGGUGUUGGUGCAUAUCACUGAGAUGUAAGCGAGUCACUUGUAGACAAUGGACUGUGGCGAUCUUACCAGUACAAAAACUCAAAGUUGUAGUUUCAUUUAAUAAUCAAAUUAUCUUAAGAAUAGACAUUAGGUAAUGUUUGGACAGAAUUUUUGUAAUCAAAUGGGUCACUAAAGCUUGUAGUUUACCUGCAACUUAAUCUAGAAAACUUUAACAUUGUGACUUUAAACACCAAAGUGUUCAUUGCAAAUCACUCAAAUUGCAAUGCCAGAUUGCAUGGGCAAUAAAGUGCUUUAACAAACUGAAUACAUUUCAAUUCACAGUAUAUCAUAUUUUGAUUUAGGUAACACCUUGUAUACACAAAGACCCAAUUGUGUUUCUUCUCUUGGUGUAAUUUCUGUAUAGACUUUACAAUGUGUGCCUUUGGCUUGAGGUCUUUUGUGCAUUUUGUUAUUGCUCAAUAGCUAAAUUACUUACAUUUGUAGUGUACAGCUUAUUAAUCAUGUGGUGCAACUGCUGCACAUUAAAAAAGGCUCCACAUUAUUUUGGUCAUCCUUCAAAAAUUGUAGAGUAUAACUAUAACCACCAGAAAUCAGUGACCGAGCCCAGAAGUUAAUUUUUACAGGUUCUACACAUUGAUAAAAAGGGACUUCUGCUAGGAGCCAAAGAACUGAAUAGAGAUAAAGUGUGUAAAACGUCCUGCAGAUGGAAAUGUCAACCAUUUUGUUGACCUCUAGUGUGACAAAUAUUGUACAAAAAGUUACUGACUUUACAUUUUCAACAUUCUGCAUCGGAGACAGAGCAAACUCACUGUUCACAUGCUAAAGGUUUGGGUGUAGAUUUUUUUUUUUGUAUGUUCAACACUAGACUAUGUGCUUCUAAACUUGAUGCAUGCGAUACCAAUGCGUUUUGCUCCUAAACCUACACUCUUUCCAUUUUAAAACAUAAGGACAACCAAAUAAACUACCUACUCUAAUUUAAGACUAUACUUCAGAAAACUUCCAUUUUGUGUUGACAUUUUUUUUCAUGCACUAUUUAUUUCCUUCAGUUUUACUGUCUUUGUUACCCUUCCCAUACUGAUAAUUGUCCAAUAUUGCUUUAAAUAACUGCAGUCUUUUUUAAAUGUAUCAUAUUGUAAUUAUGUAUUUGCAUAAUUCAAUCCUUAACUACUGUAAGUUUUGUACUG